AAAAAACACAAAACCAAAAAUCCGCAAAAUAAAAAGGAAUUCAUCGGGGCUUGUUGUCUCCGAAUUAAGUAGGCCCGCGAAACCAGCAGAACCCAUCGUUUUAGUAUCAUGAGUGCGGCCGAACAUUCCGGCGGGGCUGCCAGUAACGUGGCGACCUCCACCACGGUGCUCAGUUUGGCCGACAAACAAAAGUACAUCGAAACGUACGACUUCCCGUACUGCGAUGAAUCCAGCAAGUACGAGAAGGUGACGAAAAUCGGUCAGGGAACGUUCGGUGAGGUGUUCAAGGCGAGAGAAAAGAAGUCGACCAAAAAGUUUGUCGCGCUGAAGAAGGUUCUGAUGGAGAACGAAAAGGAAGGGUUCCCUAUAACGGCACUGCGAGAGAUCCGUAUCCUGCAGCUGUUGAAGCACGAGAAUGUCGUGAACCUGAUAGAGAUCUGUCGCACAAAAGCAACUGCCCACAACCGGUACCGUUCCACCUUCUACCUGGUGUUCGAUUUCUGUGAGCACGAUCUGGCCGGAUUGCUGUCCAACAUCAACGUAAAAUUUAAUUUGGGCGAAAUCAAGAAGGUCAUGCAACAGCUGCUCAACGGACUGUACUACAUCCACAGCAACAAGAUCCUGCAUCGCGAUAUGAAGGCGGCGAACGUACUGAUCACAAAGAAUGGCGUGCUAAAGCUGGCCGAUUUCGGAUUAGCGCGUGCCUUUAGCGUCUCGAAGAAUGGUCAACCGAAUCGCUACACGAACCGUGUCGUUACGCUAUGGUAUCGGCCGCCGGAGCUGCUGCUUGGAGAUCGAAACUAUGGCCCACCGGUGGAUAUGUGGGGCGCGGGGUGCAUUAUGGCCGAGAUGUGGACGAGAUCGCCGAUCAUGCAGGGUGCGACGGAGCAGCAGCAGCUCAUUCUGAUCUCGCAGCUGUGCGGCUCAUUUACCAGCGAUGUUUGGCCGGAUGUGGAUAAUCUCGAGCUGUUCCACAAGAUGGAGCUACCGAUGGGUCACAAGCGGAAGGUACGUGAACGAUUGCGACCGUACGUGAAGGAUCCGAAUGGGAUCGAUUUGCUCGAUUAUUUGCUGAUGCUUGAUCCGAAGAAACGCAUCGAUGCCGAUACGGCCCUGAAUCACGACUUCUUCUGGACCGAUCCGAUGCCGUGCGAUUUAAGCAAGAUGCUUUCGCAGCAUACGCAGAGUAUGUUCGAGUAUCUGACGCCACCGCGUCGCCCUGGCCAUGCGCGCCACUACCAACAGCAGAUGGUAAAUAUGCAGGCUAAGCCACAGGAUAACAGCUACCAAGAUCGCGUAUACUAGGGGGCCGCCGAUAAGGGUGGCCAGCGGAUAACAACAUAAGACUAAGCAGCCAGUGGCGACGGAAUUAGACCAUCGUCCGGAGGCAAAAUUUAUUGUUCCAUGUAAUCGAUAGUAUGUUAAGAGCCCUUUUUUCAUUAAAUAUUAAGAAAACGAGAAAAAACACGAAUUCGGU